AUGUCUGCGGCGCAAGAGUCGGCGCGAAAGAAGGUUGCGAUUGUGGGCUCCGGAAUGGCUGGUCUUAUCUCGGCCUUCUUGCUGAGAACCGACCGCCGGGGCCGGUAUGAUGUUGAGAUCUUAGAGAUGCAGGAUCACUUGUCACUCGAUUCGGCUUCCUAUACCCUCGCAACCAAAGAUGGUCCUUCCUCUCAACAAUCCCGGCUGGAUUUGCCCAUGCGUGUAUUCGCGGGUGGUUACUAUGAAAAUUUGAAACGCAUGUACGAAUAUUUCAACAUAAAGUUCAUCUCACCACGAUUUAUAUAUACCCUAUCAAGCCUCCCCAAGUCGGAAGGGCAACAAAUCUCUCCCCACUUUAUCCAUUCGUCCAACAACCAUACAAUUCCUCCGCUACAACCGGUCGAGAGCUCGUUCGGUGCGUGGAUUUUAGAACUCGUUUACCUGGCGAUAUGUUAUUUCUGGUUCACGGCCUGUUGCUUCUGGGUCAAGCCCAGACCGGCGCCUACUUUUGGAAAGGACGAGUCGUUUCGCCAGUACCUGGAACGGAUUCGGUUACCCCGGUACUAUGUCAACAAUUAUCUACUCCCGCUAGUGUCAAGUGUGACAACAUGCACACAUGACGCCGUGCUUGCGUUUCCUGCAAAUGACAUUGUCGAAUAUGAAAGGAGGACCUUCAGAAAGCCCCAUUUCCUUGUCGUCGGGGGUGUGCGCAAAGUUCAGGAGAAACUGGCCGAGAAUCAAAAGGUACACUAUGGCGCCAAGGUUUCGCAAGUCCAGGACAUCGGCAACAACGAGGUCCAGGUGAGUUGGACCACUAGAGACGGUCAGGCCCAUGCCGAGUCCUUUGAUUUUGUGAUUAUGGCGGUCACCCCUGAUGUCGUCGGUGCAAUCUUCCCUCCUCUACGGAAAGUCAUGGCUGAAAUACCGACUGUCCCUGUGGAAUCGGUUGUACAUUAUGAUUUCUCCCGCAUAUCUCGAUGUAGCAAUCAUCUGAAGCAGCAGAUGCGCCCGGACCAAUCCAACUCGUCUGUGGGGUUCAAUCUUGCGCAGCCAAUCCACAUCUGCUCCGAUUUAUCAGCAUCGGAGUCGAUACACGAACAUCCUUCAUCUGCCCUUAUAACCACCUUUCCGAUUGGCCCCAUUGAUCCGGACAAGGUCGUCCACCGGGCCAAGUUUACUCGUGUGUUGCGAACGACUAGGAGUAGGGCCAUCGUCAACCGCGUGGUCAACACCACGCCCUAUCAGCACUUCCUGGGGGAGAAGCAGGAAGCCUGGAGGAAUGGAGACGGAAACGUCUUCCUCGUCGGGGGCUGGUGCUGGGAUGGCAUGGUUAUGCUAGAGGGUUGUAUCUUUUCAGCCAUGCGAGUCGCCAACUGUCUCGAUGUGGAGAUCCCAUGGUUGGCCAACAACCCUCUUUCUCGAUAG